CCUGGACUAUAUAAUAUAAUAGUGCUUUUUAUAAUGGGCCAAAUGGUAUUGACCAGCAGCAGGGUUAUCGCUGCGGCGAUGGUGGUGCUGAUCGCGUUGUUCAUUGGGAAGGCUUUAGCCACCAAGGAGGUUAAGCUACUGACGGGCAGCGUCUUCCUAGAGCCUGCCGACCCAGGCAACCCGCCUGUGGGGCAAUCGGUUGACCGUAUCGCCUACCCAGUAAACCCCUGGAAAGACAUACCCGUCGCGGAAUUCUUCCUGGUGGGCUUUGACAACUUCGCCCAGGCCAACGCGAUACGUGAUAACCUGUCUGGCUCUGACACUAGCUUGAUCUCUUACAUACCAAACAACGCCUUCUUGGUGAUUGGGAGGGCGGACGUCGUUUGGGACCUCGUCUUACGUCUGAACUUAUGCAUGGCAAAAUACACCGCUACUCACAAGAUAUCGCCAGAGUGGUCCCCGCUCCUCAGCGUAGGCUUGGGGCCAGAUGAUGACUUGGACAGUCCCAACCUGCCAAACACUGUAAAACAGCAACUAGACAUGUUGCUGAGCGGCAUCCAGACUCUUAAACUCCUGUCUGGCAACGAUACAGUGGAUGCGUACGCUCAAUUUGGCGUGCAAGUGGAAAUGGCUCCAAUAGCGACGCUGGAGAUGGUGCAGUAUGCUGCACGGUGUUGGCCCCAAGUGGUGGUGAGGGCCCUCCGCCGGAGCAACAAGUACACUCGCAAGCACCCUUGCUGGCCAGUGAUGACACCGCCAAACGCCGGUACCGUUCUCACUGUGUUCCUUUGCAAAUCGCCGCCAGCAAUUGCCUUCUGGUUCAGAUCCCCAACACUCCGGGACUAUAGCAGGGCGUCAACAGCCCAGCAGCAAAGUGCCGGCGAGGGCGACAACAGGACGGACCAUGUACAGCAAGAGCAGCAGAGCUGCUGCAUGCCCUGA